GGCAAAAUCAAUGAUGUAGUUUAGAACGACACAUUAGUAACAGCAGCAACCACGACGUCAGCUACAUUAGCGUUAACGUUACCAGAAGUACCAUGUUAACGUAAACAAACCUAAAUGCUCAUAGUUUAGCUCAGUGGUCCUCAAACGUUUUCAUUGUAAAAUCCCCUGUGUGCAGAGUGCAUUGCUUUGGGGCUCCUAAAUAAAGACGUGUCAUCUUAAACAUAGAAUUUUAAUUAAACCAAAAACAUAUUCAUAUUCAGACAUAAAUUCUUUAGGUUGGUGGUCUUAUUUUUCUGAUAUUUGAUAGCAUAAAAUCUAUGAAAAAGGUCUAGAUUUCACAAAAUGCCACAAAAUCUGUGGCCCCCAGUUUGAGAACCACUAGUUAAUAACAUCAUUCAGUUUUAAUUUAAUCAUUCAAUGAACGGGACACACAGUACAGUAAUACGUGAUAUGACAUUCAUGUACAGUCGUGGCCAAAAGUUGAGACUGACACAAAUAUUAAUUUUCACAAAGUCUACUGCUUCAGUGAUUUUUAUGUUUUUGUCAGAUGUUACUAUGGUAUACUGAAGUAUAAUUACAAACAUUUCAUAAGUGUCAAAGGCUUUUAUUGACAAUUACAUUAAGUUUACGCAAAGACUCAGUAUUUGCAGUGUUGACCCUUCUUUCUCAAGACCUCUGCAAUUGGCCCGGGCAUGCUGUCAAUCAACUUCUGGGCCACAUCCUCACUGAUGGCAGCCCAUUCUUGCAUAAUCAAUGCUUGGAGUUAGCCAGAAUUUGUAGGUUUUUGUUUUGCUUGAGGAUUGACCACAAGUUCUCAAUGGGAUUAAGGUCUGGGGAGUUUCCUGGCUAUGGACCCAAAAUGUUGAUGUUUUGGUCCCCGAGCCACUUAGUUAUUACUUUCGCCUUAUGGCAAGGUGCUCCAUCAUGUUGGAAAAGGCAUUGUUCAUCACCAAACUGUUCUUGGAUGGUUGGGAGAAGUUGCUCUCCGGGGAUGUUUUUGUGCCAUUCUUUGUUCAUGGCGGUGUUCUUAGGCAAAAUUGUGAGUGAGCCCACUCCCUUGGCUGAGAAGCAACCCCACACAUGAAUGGUCUCAGGAUGCUUUAGUCCUGUGUCACAUUACAACACCUGCAUUGGCUUCCGGUUAAAUAUCGAAUUAACUUUAAAAUCCUUCUCCUCGCUUAUAAAGCACUCAAUAAUUUGGCUCCUCCCUACUUAGCAGAACUCCUUUGCAAUUACACUCCGACUCGCACUCUCAGAUCAUCUGCUGCACUUAAACUUGUAUUUAGCUUGUAUUAAUUGUCUUUAAUGAUGAUUGUUAUUGUUGACUGUUUGCUGUACGGUGUCCUUGAGUGUCAGUAAGGUGCCUAUAAAUAAAAUGUAGUAGUAGUAUUACAAAAAGUAAAAUGUAAGCUAGAAGUUGAGAGAGCCCUCUGAUAUGAACAAUACAAUGCUGAUCAAAAUCAUUCUAGAUGCCAGCAGUGUGCAAAGCUACAUAUGAUUAUUAGAAUUGAAUACUUUUGGAUAGAACUGUGCCCUUACCUUGUGUAAGUUUCAAAUAUUAGAAUCACGUUUACCAAUAAAAUUGAGAAUAACUUUUCUAAAUGUGCUUCAAAGCAUAAUUGCAUAACUUCAAAUGUGCUUUAAAGCAUUGGCAUAUUUUCACAGCUCUACAGGGGCACAGGCCUCUCAUUACUUGACACUUUUUUCUUUUGACAUAUUCUUCUAAAUUAAUCAUUUUCAAUUAUUAACGUCCACUGAAUUUUAUGUAUGAUUGUAUUUCCAGUUUUUUUUUUGUCAAAACUUUAUACAAGAUCUACCAUGCUCUCCUGCAAGCUGACAUUAAGAACCGUUUUCAUUCGUGUCAGUGUCUUUCAAAUGCCCUACAGUGUGCUUCAGUUAGCUAUAAAAAACUACGAAAUGUGCCAUUCUGUCCUCGAAAUUGACACUGAGAACUGUUUAAACUUGUUCGUGUUUAUUUUCCGAAAGCAAGCAUUAGUAAGUUGCAGAUCCGUUUUGUAAAUGAAUAUAUGGACAAAAAUGAUCAAUAUUAAACUUAGCCCGUGUUUACACUCGACUUCUUUUCGAAGCUGCUAGCGUCUGUUUUACAUUAUAAUCCCAUGGAGUAAACCGUGUCUUCAAAAACGUCCUGAGCGCUUUUUUAAACGCCAGCGCCGGCGUCUUUUUCUGCAGCUCAGAGCGUCUUUUGAGGUUGAAAAAAGUUCAACUUUUUCACGUCAAUCUCCUUUUCCCCAGCUAACCAAUGACUGAGACCUGUCGUUUCCAUAACAACAUGCGAGGAACGUGAUUGGUCGAGAAGGCUCCAGCUCGAAAAAAUAAAAUGGCGGCCGAAACGUCCGUUGGAGCAUAGUUUUGUAUAAAUGGGAGGCAUCGAUGGAUCCAGAAAGUCCAGACUUUGUUCCAUCAUUGUUCACCUACUCUAAACAGAGUCAGUGUAUGGAAGCUCGAACGAAAUUGCACAGGUUUAAUAGGAAGAGAAAGUGGGCUGAAUCUAUUUGCAAGUCAUCUCUGGCUGACACAUCAAACCGUCUCCGUGCAGCUUCAGGGUCGUCCACUCGAGAGCCUACAACAGACUAUGAGCCUCCAGAAUGUAAAGAGGAGAUUUGUAGUAAUGAAGAAGAUGCCAUGAUCCCUCGAGCCAUCUUUAGUGAACUUCAAGUCCAACAUAACCAGCUUCUGAGAGAGUGUGACAACUUGCGCACAAAAUGCAACGCACUCAAAGAGGAGAACGAGCAGCUGAAGGAGGCACUGGGGAGCAGGAGAUUUUCUUUCAGCUCCAUCAGGAAAAAUGCCCGACACUUCCUUUUCUUUACUGGUCUGACCACUAUCGUUUUUGAGUGGUUGCUAUCAAAAUUGAAAGACAGCGUUGCGGUUACGAACAGAGUUUUGAGCCUGGAAGAUCACCUGUUAGUCGUGUUAACGAAACUGCGCUUGGGCGCAAGCAAUACGGACAUUGCCUUUAGGUUUAAUGUAACAGAUACCGUCAUCUCCAAUAUUUUAAGAAACUGGCUGCCGAUAAUGGCACGAACAUUAAAACCAAUCAUCACAUGGCCAAGCAGGAAGGCUAUUCUCAGGAAAAUGCCAAGAUGUUUUAAAAAGAAAUACAGGCAGUGUCGGUGUAUCAUUGACUGCGCUGAGAUUUUUAUCGACAGACCUGAUAAUCCUACCGCUCGAGCACAGACGUGGUCGAAUUAUAAGCAUCACAAUACAGUUAAAUACUUAGUUGGGGUGACGCCAGCAGGAGCAAUUUCAUUUUUGUCACCAGGUUGGGGUGGCCGUGUAUCUGACAAAGAAAUAACAACAAAAUCAGGAUUCUUCCAACUGCUGGAGCCAAAUGAUGUCAUUUUGGCUGAUCAUGGAUUUUUGAUUCGGGAGGACCUUGCAGCGUACGGAGCCACGCUUUAUAUCCCACACUUCACAAAAGGCAAGAAACGGCUCGCCGCUCACGAAGUUGACACAUCAAGAAGACUGUCAAGUUUAAGAAUACACGUGGAAAGAGUCAUUGGUCGAUGGAAGCAAUUCAAGAUUUUAACAUCUGUAAUUCCACUUACUCAGGUAGACAUGCUGGAUGACAUGGUGAUCGUGUGUGGAGCAUUAACAAAUCUUUGCAGAAGUGUAGUGGUUAAAAGAUAGACAGACUGACCCAACUGAGAUGGGUGCUAAACAUGGUACAUCUCCAGGGUUUUAUUGUGGGAUCGUUUUGUCUUUCUGCAUUAUUUGAAUUGCUUUUUAUUGACUUCGAAUAUUGCACUGCACUGACCGGGCAUUAUAAAUUCUAACAUCGUUUGUUUUAUGACAAUAUAUAUAAGAAAAUGUUUUUUAUACUCGCACAGUAGUUAUAGCAGCAGUAGUUCGAGGGAUUGACAUUGUUCUAUCAUACAUUACACAAUGAAAAGGAGUUAGUACUAACCCAGCCAUGCACGUGCACUUCGCAGUCAAAAUGAUGUUGUUUGUCUUAUUAAUUCAUGGUAGCCUGUGUAUAGCUGCUGCGUUAUGUCCUUGCCGCUGGCUAGGCAGCACGUCGGUCCACAAUAAUCAAAACUCCCUGACGCAUGUUGACUCUCAUUUUGUCUUCGUCCAAUUUAGGAGGUUGAAUUAAUGCCUGCGGGUCCGGGAAGAUUAUUUUCUGCAAUUCCAUGCAGGGACCAGGGUACUCCGUGAUGAUUUUGAUGUGGUCCGGGCAGUCAAACCACUCCAGCAUUUGAAUGACGUAGGGGAUUAUGGGAGGUUUUUGCAGCCGAGACAUCAUUUUCACUUCGGUCAUAUAGUCAGCCUAGAGAAAAGAGUAUAAGAAAGGGUUACUUGCCUAUGGUUUACUCUUUAGAUUUAAAGAGCAUAUAUUGUUAGAAUUAUUUGGAUGGACGUUUCAUCGAUUUGAUCUGUGUAGAUACAGACCAGCUGAAAUCUCUGUGGGAACUCAAGCUAUAUUGUCUUUUUCAUGUCUAUUUCUUGUUAACUGCUGGUUCAUAUCAAUUGUAUUGUAUCAUAGGCCAUUAAAUAACUACAAAUAAAUUCAUUAUGAUUGGGCGACUUACAUUAUCAUCAGUACUGUAGUGUCGUUUUGAAUCUUGUUUAAGGGCGCUUUCUCACCAUUAGUUCGGUUAAUUUGGUCCGGACCAAUAAAAAAAAAAGAUUCAUUGUAGCAUUUUUCAGCGGUGUUGGUUCCUUUUCACACCACACUGAUUGCUUUAGUCCGUACCAAAAUGCAGUCACGUGACAACACGUGGAACAUGUACAUCCCGCACUUGGAUGUACUGCUGGCGGAGAUUCUUUACCUUAACCCAGCACAGUUACACAGGUCUAUUAAACCCCCUUUCCCUGAGUUGUUUGCUAAACAAUGAAAAUGUCUUGCUGUUCGUGAGUUUUUGAAAGUUGGGAUAUAGAAAUGUUCAAAUAUUCGAUCCGCAAUAACUAUUCAAAAAUUAAAAAUGCUAUUCGAAUAUUUGUAUUUUUCAUAAGAAUAAAAACUGCGUCACCACAUGGUGUUGCCGCUACAGAAGACCUUAGAGUUGUCACGUCUUAUUUAAUGCUUCUUCAGUUCAUCUGUAAUGAUUUUAUAAUAUACAGAAAAUAUAAAAAAAAUCAUUUGUAUGUGUUCCUAAAUCUUUGUUCACUCAGAUCGCAAGCUUGUUUAAAUAUUUUAAGUUUACACACCGGAUGCCCGUAUCGCGUGUUAUUCUCGGCUCACAUAUUAAAAUGUUUAAAAACUGGUGACACAGAGUUUGUUAACAUUACUUACAUUAGGUAUAAAAAUUCCAACGUAAUAUUAAAUGAUUAACAAUUCAUUUAUUACCAUAACCUGUUCCGAGCGGUUAUUCUUAGUAAAUUCAUAUUCAUUCGUUAAAAAUAUAUUAAGUAAUGCUAAUUUCAACAACUUGAAACAUGAAAAUGUACAUUUCACUGCAACUAAUGUUAACGAAUUGUUGCGUGGUAAAUUUUAGGAUCUGAUCAGUCGGCAUGCACUGAAAAAAAUUAUACUUUAAACGAACAUAAUUAAAUUAUGGACAGUGGUUCCACACAACUGAAAUAUGUUAUCUCUACUCAAAUACUUAAUGUAAAACGAACUAAACUGAACUGAGUAAACUUAAACAACCAUGUCCAAAUAAUGUCCAAAUAACUUGAAUCAAAUAAGUUCAUCCUACUAAAAGUAUUUAAGUAGCGAUAACAUGUUUCCAUUAUGUGGAACCAGCUGUUAUU